AUGCCGUCCGCUCUUUGUGUGUUUUGUAUGAGCUUCAUUGUUUUGUACAGCGUUUAUUCUGUAUGUGGUCUAAUGUGUUGGCAUUGCGAUUCGCUCCAUGACCCAAAAUGCGUGGAUCCAUUUGAUAAUACCUCGAUGCCAAUGAAAGAUUGCAAACUGGAAAAACUGGACACAUAUCCUGGUGUGCGAGGUACAAUGUGCCGCAAAAUCCGUCAAAAAGUGUAUGGAAAAUGGCGAUUUUACCGGAGUUGUGCUUUUCUUGGCGAACCUGGCAUUGGUGGUGACGAACGUUAUUGUUUAAUGAGGACAGGCACACAUAAUAUAUUUACUGAAUAUUGUACUUGCAAUUCUAGAGAUGGAUGCAAUGGUGCAUCUGGCAUUUCUUUUUCACUUUUAAGCAUAUCGUUAGCACCAGCUCUUAUUAUUUACAGAAGACUGCUGUAA